AUGGACCAGGUGGUCGACCUGAACGUCGGCGGCGUGUUCUACACGACGGCCGCGUCCACGCUGGUGCAGGCACAACCGUCGCUGCUGGCCGACCGGUUCAGCGGCCGGCUGGACCCGCUGCCCAAGGACAGCAAGGGCCGGUACUUCAUCGACCGGGACGGCGUGCUGUUCCGGUACGUGUUGGACUUCCUGCGGGACGGCAAGCUGUCGCUGCCCGAAAGCUUCCGGGAGAAGGAACGGCUCCGGCUGGAGGCGGCCUACUACCGGUUGGACGGCCUUACCGAGCGGCUCCGCGAACAGAGGCCCGGCUACAUCACGGUCGGCUACCGCGGCACGUUCGCCUUCGGCCGGGACGGGCUGUCCGACGUCAACUUCCGCAAGAUUCCCCGGAUAUUGAUAUGCGGACGCGUGGCCCUGUGCCGCGACGUGUUUGGCGACUCGCUCAACGAGAGCAGGGACCCGGACCACGGCGACACGGACCGGUACACGGCCAGGUUCUUUCUGAAACACACGUCUAUCGAACAGGCGUUCGACAUGCUCCAGGAACAAGGGUUCUACAUGGCCGGAAGUUGUGGAUCGGGCACGGCCGGCGGCACGUCCGCCGCCGAGCUCAAGCCGGGCGUGGACUCGGAGGAAUGCCGCUGGAAUCAUUACAACGAGUUCGUGUUCGUCAGAGAUUCAUGA